AUGCCGGACAAAGUGACCGAGCCUCAGAGCACGCCGCCUGCCAGGGUUUCUUCGUUUUUUAUAGAGAAUUUACUGGGAAAUAAUGGCAAAGACAAACACAGGGACAGAAACGAGGAGAGCCCCGAGGAGGCUGGACCCAAAUCAAGCCGUUUUCACAACGGAAUAGCCGGCAGCCAUUGCAAUCAGAUCUGCUGUCAGAUGUCGACGCUGGGUUUCUGCGCGCAGACCUAUCCACUCAGGGAAAGCACGUUACAGUGGUACACCAGAGCACAGCCCGACUGCACAGGCUGCUCCAGUCCAGAGACCAGUGACCGGGACUCCCCACAGGGCUCCGACAAAGGAGACAGACACGAGGAAGUCUGCAGCAAAGAGGGGGGAGAGUUGCAGGAGGAAAAGAGAGCAGAACUCGAGAGCAACGAGGCUGCAAAGGACCAGACGGACCCUAACCAGAAAACGGGUCGCAAGAAGAAGACCCGCACAGUGUUCAGCCGGAGCCAAGUUUUCCAGCUCGAAUCCACCUUUGACAUGAAACGUUACCUGAGCAGCUCGGAGAGGGCGGGUCUGGCCGCUUCCCUUCACCUGACCGAGACCCAGGUCAAAAUCUGGUUUCAAAAUCGCAGAAACAAAUGGAAAAGGCAACUGGCUGCAGAUCUGGAAGCGGUUAAUCUUUCUCACAGUUCACAGAGGAUUGUGAGAGUUCCGAUUUUAUAUCACGAAAACUCACCAUCUGGCGCCUUGGGUUUCAGUCUGCCUCAAGUGUCCCCUCCACUGGUCAGUUUUUCCAGCUCUAUAAAUUAUCCGCUUGCAACAUUCCCUUCUUCUAUGCCUUUCCUCAGGUCACAGAUGAGCGGACUUGUCUAAAUAUGACCUUAAAUCAAAGGACCCUUAAAUUAAUGGUGAAGGUAUUUGUCGAAACAAAAACACAAAUCACUUCGGGUCUUCUCCAGCUCUUUUUGCCUCUAUUACUUUUUUUGGUGCAAACGUGCAAUACAUUACUUUCAAGGUACCGUGGUCGAAGAACUGAACGGAUUCUCAUUCCACUGAAACAGGAAACAUAUCUUUUUACACCCCAAAAAUUGACUACAG